CGCACAGCUCAACGGCAACAGAACGUGGCGCCUUCGUCUGUAUGGCCAUGACUGUGUGCAUUCUUGCUUUGCCGACACGAUGGCCACGCGUUCGCCAACCAAGCUGACUCUGGACAAAGCGAUGCACCACCCCGCUUCUCCUGGCGGCAAAAGCCCCGUGAAGAAGGCCAAACACUGGGACUCACAGCCGGAAGGCGAAGGGUCGACGGAAAACCCUUGCAACUCGACGCAACUUCGCACGGAACUGCUCAACAAGGUGCUGGAGCUCCUGGACCAAGACGAUUCGGUCGUGGACUUUGUGGCGUCUCUAGUGGACACGGUCUCGACGCUCCCCCUCCAGGAUGCUAACAUGCGCAGGGCCUUCCUCGCGCAGCUGCAGAACAUGCCCAAGCCUGGGCGCACGAGUGGUCGGACGCAGUGUUUGAACCCCCAGUCGUGCCGUGCCUUCAUCCUAGCGUGUGCGAAUGAAAUCGUCGACUUGGACGAGAACGAUCCAUCCUUUGACUACGCUGAGACGUGCGUCGACUCGGACGAGUUCAAGGACGUCGCGAUUCGCCCGGUGUCACCACUCCAGUCCCGCGUCCACAUCCACAUCCCGACCGCCGACUAUGCCGAGACGCUGUCGAGUCGCACGUCUGUUCCCGAGCCGCCCGCCGCCGCCGACGUCACGGCGCAGUUUCGCCGUGUUUUGCGUCAACACUUUGACUAUGCAUCGACGGUUCAUUCGUCCAUGUGCUCGAGCGAGUGCGAACGAGACGGAUGCUUGCAAGUCGCGUUCUCGAAGCUGCACCAACAUGCCCAAGAGUUGGCGAGAAAGCGCCAAAUUUUUGACGAAUUCAAGCGUCAAAUGCCGAUGGAGGUUCCGAGCCCCCCGAAGAAGCCAUCGCCACGCCCCGAGACCGCGGUGGCGUCGAAUCGUUCCAUGCAGGACCUAGCAACCAAGUACCAAACGUUUGAAGCCCUCAAGUCGAACCGGAGCAUGUCUCCAACCAACCUCAGUCGGAAGAAGCGUGCAUUCUACAAGUUCAAGACGACGGAGCAGCCAAGGCGUUCCAAGGCCACAACUGCAUCGCCCCACCACAUUCAAGUGCAAAGUCAGCAGCCUCGACCAACGAACUCUGCCAUGUCCGCUUUCGUCAAGGACUGCGCCAUGAGUGCACUCCUUGUAGUCCUGGCGUGUAUCGCAUACGACGAGCUCAAGCUUUGGUAAGACUCGUCCCCUCUCAUGUGUGUCGCUGCUGGCUGCUGGAGCGCUUUCACGAUUCCAUCCAAGUGAUGCAAGUUUAUCGGCAGAUAGAGGGAGGGAGCGGGUUGAGAAGGGUACCGUUUGGUCACAGCCGAGACGGCACGUGGAGGACGCAAGCGUGGAUGGAUGCAUCUUUCCAGUUUGGCGUACUGUGCACUGGUGGAAGCAGCGUCUCGACGCUGGCCGCAAGAGUUGUUGGCAUGGCCGGCGCGAGCAAUCCACUUGUCGUUCGCAUAAACAACACCUGAUAACAGCACCCAGCAGAGCCGAGUUG